AUGUCGGAUUAUGAACAACCAUCUUCUCAAACUCGAUCUUCGGCCCAAAGAGAAUCUGGGAAUAGUCACACCACCUUUUUCAAUCCCAAAGUCGUUGAACGAUGUCUCAAAGUUGUCAUCGAUUUCAGAAGGCACAAAAUCUCAAAGGCAAAGGCAGUGCUGGGCAUCCAACAAAUACUCGCUGAAGCCACACGAGAGGGAGACCCAUCCUUUGAUAGCGGAUUCGCGCAUUAUCUUGAAGUCCUCGAUACCAUCAGGUCCGAAGAAGAAUCGGAGAGUUUUCGAGGAAGCCCAAGACCGACACGUACGGAUAGGGGUGGCGAGUCGCGAGAACCAGAAGAGGAGGUGAUCAUACGAGGAAAGCGUCAGAAACUUACCGACGAUGAACUCCAAUUCUGUCCAUGGGUCGAUCCAUCGCGAUUUCGCACCCUCUCUCGCUCACAGGGAAUUCAGAUGGCCCUGCGGUGCUACGAAGAAUGGUCUGACGACCCCAAGUAUUACCGGACCAAAGUUACAACAACCCCCGGAUGCCCAAAACUUUCCACUUCGCAAUGGACCUUGUUACUCGAGGGAAAGGCUGUUGACCUCGACAAAGUCUUCACCAGACGGUAUUCCACAGCCAUCGAUUCAAAACAAACCCAGUCGCUUGGGAAGGGAUUCGAGCUUUCGCUCUCCCAACCUACCAUUAGUCACAAGGUUAAAUCAGCUGGAGAUUGGGGAAUCGCCACUGACAUAUGGACUCGAGCACUCACCUUCAUCAUGCCAUGGCGAGAAGAGGAGGUUAGAGAGUAUCGAGAGUACAUGUCCGAUAUCUUCGGGAACCACUUUUACACAGUCCAUGAACGAGUCCUCGAUUUCGACCGGGCCGUUCGACUCCUUGUUGAGCAACAAAAAUUCCUCCGACUUGAUGACUUCACCAGGUUCGAUGGGCUUAAGUCCAGUCACCUUUCAGCCUUUGGAAUGGUCGCAAUGCAAAGCUCCCAUGAUUCAGGGGGAAAAACGAUCAAAGAUUCUGCUAGAGGAAAAAGCCAAACCAGAGGCGGAAGGGGUGAACCCUGUCAUAAAUGGAACCGAGGAGAGUGCGAGAAAGAGGCCAGGGAGUGUCUCUACUUCCAUGUAUGCGACCGAGGAAGCUGCAGGGGGAAUCAUAAGCGGGGAGAGUGCCCAUUGGACAAAAGAGGUAAAUGA